AUGCCACACCGGGGCCUAGUGGCCGGGCCAGAGUAUUUUCAGCGUCGCUAUUUCACGCCGGCCGAGGUGGCCCAACAUAACCAGCCGGAAGACCUCUGGGUGUCUUACCUGGGAAACGUGUACGACCUAACGCCGUUGGCACAGGAGUACAAGGGAGACCUGCUGCUGAAACCCAUCUUGGAAGUUGCGGGCCAGGACAUCAGCCACUGGUUUGAUCCAGACACCAGAGACAUCCGCAAGCACAUAGAUCCACUGACCGGUUCCCUGAGAUACCGCACCCCUCGGGGUCGCUUUCUGCACGUGCCGCCUCAGCUGCCCCGUUCGGACUGGGCCAAUGAUUUUGGGAAGCCUUGGUGGCAGGAAUCGCGUUACGAGGUGGGGCGGCUGUCCGCCAAGACCCGGAAUAUCCGCAUCAUUAACACGCUCACGUCGCAAGAGCACACAUUGGAGGUGGGGGCCCUGGAAUCAAUGUGGGAAAUCCUACACCGCUAUCUCCCCUAUAAUGCACAUGCUGCCAGCUACACAUGGAAAUAUGAAGGGAAGAACCUGAACAUGGAUUAUACUCUGGAAGAGAAUGGUAUCCGGGAUGAGGAGGAAGAAUUUGAUUAUCUCAAUAUGGACAGUACACUCUACACACCUGCAGUACUGCUGUACUUCAAUGAUGACCUCACAGAGCUAUAAGAAGGGAGAUGUAUGCUCAUGUAGACUCAAGACAUAUUUUGAGUUUAGCUGUAUCUGUGCCCUGUAGGAAAAGAUGUGGGGAUGGGGGGGAGGGCGGAACCUGGACCUAGACUUCCACUCUACUCUGGGAGCUGGCCUGAGGUUCCCAUGCCCUACUAUAGUGUACAGGUCCUAUUCCUCGGGUUAAUUACAGUUUACUCUGAGAUAGUUAGGGAGAAUGCUAGAAGUGAAUUAAUUUUUAGGAACGAUACAAGAAAACAAAGUAUCUUAGAUCAGGGAGAUGUAGAAGAGGAUAGUCAGAUAGAGCUCAGGCAGAACUUUUCAACAGAGAAAGAGAAGUCCUACACAGGGAGGAGGGCUGGAAGAACUUUUCUGGCAAUGGAAAUGGGAUGGCCGCAGGAAGAUGGGAUUUACAAAGACAGGAAUAGGAAAUGUCUAUCACUGGCCAUGCAACACUGGCUAAUCUCUCUUCUGAAUAGUAUUUGGCGGCUGAAACCCAAGAGGAAGAAAGGAAGUGAAUGAUCACCAGGUAAUUCAGGCUAGAUACUAUGCUAUGUGCUUUAUACAUCUCAUUUAAUACAACUACCCAUACAACAGAUAUCAUUACCACUAUUUUACAGAUAAAUCUUCUGAAGCUUAGCAAGAUUUAAUAGCACAAAAAGGCACACUAGUUAGUAAUCAGAUUGCAAACCCAAGUCUUCCCAAUUCCAAAAUCUAUGUUCUUUUCAAUGUAAAGAGACUAACCCAAUGUCCAGGCUCACUGCACAAUGGGAACCUACAGGCCUCUUGUGUAGUCCGACAUGGUAUCGUGUUUUGUGUGUGUUUUGUUUUGUUUUUAGUUACUGUCUUUGAAAGGGAGUUAGCAGAUUUCUGCAGUGGCAGAGAGGAUACAGGCAAGGCUAAGUGUCAGCUGAAUAACAGCUUUUGAGGCUACUUCAUGGCUAAUCCCAUAGCAAACCUUUCCUCUGACUCUUCUGAGGGAAAGAGGUGGGUAUAUACUGACUCCAGGAAAACUAGUGUGGGAAAGGGCCUUUGGAUUGGGACACUUUACAUGGGGGAGCACAAAGGAGGCAACAGCACGUACAUUCACGAUGGGCCUGUGCCUCUGACGGGAAGGUGAGGACUUUGCCAGAUGGUGACUCUACAAGGGGCUCGAUAGAGGAGAUAUAAAGAGAGGAGCUAAUUAAGUCAGCAAACUCCUGGUGUUCAAAAGAGAACCACCAUGGAGGGCUGUGGCCAGAUUUGGUCCCCUAUGACCUAAGCAGGGAAGGGGAAUGAGAAUAGCAGGCAAAGAAGAAGCAGGGAGAUGUCAGUGCACCUUCCUGGAAGGUGGUCCCCCACCAGACACAAGGUAGGCUGCGUAGGAGUAUGCUGAGGGGCUGACUGUGAACAGCAUGGACAGAGGCGGAGACAUCUGUAUCCAGUAGUAUCUGAACUUUGGCUUCAGUAGUAUCUGAACUCACUGUGAGACAGGGCUUCCAUUCAGUCCCAUGUAAUGCCAGAGUCCAUGAAUUAUUUGAAUCAUUUUGACAUUUAAUCAACUCUGCACUUGUUUCAUAUGUAUCUUGUUUGCUCAAUUAAACCCUAAACUAUUUGAGAACCAAAGCUCUGCUGUGGCUGUAGCCCCAGCCUCAGGUCCUGUGCAUGGGAUCUGCCCACACGCAUCCCUCUUCCAGAGUUUCCUACUGCAGUACCUCUGCCAGAAACACAUCCCUCUCCUCACACACCCAGUCACUCUCCAAGUAGAGUCCAUCUCCUAUAUAUCUCUGGGUCCAUCUUCUUUUCUCGAAGCUAUUAUCAUCACCUCUGGUCUGGACUGCCGCAGUAAUUUCCUAACCAGUCCUCCCAUUUCCACUUCUGUUCUCCACACACGGCACAAUGAACUCUGAAAAACAAACCUAAACAUCUACCUUUCCUCCUUUGGAUUCUUCAGUGGCUUCCAGCUGCUCUUGGACCAGGGUCCUAAAUCCAAAGACCUUGCAUACCUCAGCCUCCACCUUGCAUCACCCCUCUUCAUUCACUGGCUUUCUGUUCACUAAAUGUUUUCUUGCCUCAGAGCCGGCACCCAGGCUCUUCUCUUUGCUUACAACACUCUUCCAUUUCCCACCUUGCUAAUCCUGAAUGUUUCUUCCUCAUGGAGACCUUUUCUGACUUCUCGAUGUAGGUCAAGACUUUCCGUUAAACCUUCUCUUAGCACCAUGCCUAUUUCAGAGCACUUAUUACAAUAGUAAUGUUAAAAUUAUAGGUGUAAUUGGCUGGCUGGCUGCUAGAUUGUAAGCUCAUGAGGGCAGAGAUCAUGUCCAUCUUGUCCACUGCUGUAUUCCCAGUGCUGGGCACACAGUUGCUGCUCAAUAAAUUUUGAUUGAAUGAACUCAAAUGUUAAGUGAAUUCCUCUGCCUGUAAAUAACUAGUGGAUGGGAUGUUGCAUCCUGAGGGGCAAGGUAGGACCAAGAAAUAGGAUGUCUGGAUCCUGUGCUGUAAUCUCUAUCCACAGGUUUCUCUUUUCUUGUUCGCCAUAGAUCCAAGACCAAAAAUUACUCCAUAGAGGUUCUCCCUCUCAC